UUACCCACUUCUCCAGAUUCGUCGCCGAAGCUCCUCCCAUUAAAAUUCUUUCUGCCUCCACGUUCUGAAUUGGGAAUCUAGCGGGCCUUUGAAUCAAUCUCUCUCUCUCUCUCUUCAGUUAAUUUUAAAUUAAAAAAAAAAAAUUUAAAACCAUUAAAUGAUCUAAACUGAUCGAGUCUCCUCGUUUUUUCGCUCACUUCAUCUUACAAAAAUUUUUCCAAAAUUCUUGAUACUUGAAGCUACAGAUGAUCGAGUUUCAGAUCUUCCAUCUGAACGUUUUUUAAAUAAUUGCUUUUGUGAAGGAGAAGAGUUUAAGAAAGAGAUCAAGAGAAGGUAUCUGCUUUUAAAGACUUUCUGAGAAAGAAUUCAUCAGCUGAAGAGAGCUUGUUCUAUACAGGAAAUUCUGGUUUACAAAGUGAGGAUUUGCAGAGAUAAAAGCAAAAGCUAUUUGAGGCAGAACAUACAGAGAGAGAGAGAGAGUUGAGAAUUUGGAUCUGAGAAGAGGUGGCGGUGGCGGUGGCGGAAGUGGCGGAGACGGCGAGAUGGAGAGGACGUGUGGUGGAUACCCGUACGACACAGGGGUUGUGCUGUCCAGGGACCCCAAGCCGCGGCUAAGGUGGACGCCUGACCUUCAUGACAGGUUCGUCGAUGCAGUCUCAAAGCUUGGUGGACCGGAUAAAGCAACUCCAAAGUCGGUGCUGAGGAUGAUGGGCAUGAAGGGAUUGACAUUGUACCAUCUGAAGAGCCAUUUACAGAAAUACAGAUUGGGAAGGCAGCUGGCGAAGAAAGAAGCGAACUUGGAGCGAAACACGCAUACUGUUGGAAAUUUGAAUGGACAAAGACAUGUGCAUUCCACAGUAACAAGUACCACUGCCAUUGCAAGUAGCACGGGAAGAGAAAUACCAAUAGCAGAUGCGUUAAGGUAUCAAAUUGAAGUACAAAGAAGAUUGAAUGAGCAACUAGAGGUACAGAAGAUAUUGCAGAUGAGAAUUGAGGCCCAAGGUAAAUAUUUACAGACAAUAUUCGAAAAAGCCCAGAAGACUCUCUCUAAUGAUAUGAAUGACAAUGAGAGCCUGGAAGCCACAAGAUCUCAGCUCACUAGCUUUAAUUUAGCUUUCUCUAGUCUAAUGGAGAACAUGAACCAAGUGAGUGGUGAAACUCGAAAAGAAGAUGUAAUAGGGAAAAGCUUAUUGUAUGAUAAGCAUAAGAAAUCUGAUGGUUCAGCAUUCCAGCUUUACCAGGAAAUAGAAGAGGUGGAGAGAAAAGAUAUCAAGGUUAAGGUCGAGGAACGCUCACUAUUUUUGGAUCUGAAUAGCAAAGGUAGCUAUGAUUUUCUCAGCCCAAGAGAAGUGAGUAGAGAGCCUGGGAUGCAUGCACAACGAUCACAAAUUUUUUAGGAAGGGGAAAAAUGAGAGAAAUAUUCUUACAUUAAUUUAUUCAGUGGACAGUUUUUAUUUAUAGACAGUUUUUCCUUUUGGUUUUAUUUGCUUAUGUUUUUGGGAGAUCAGGGUAUGUAUAUACUUCUCUUUUCAUUCUUUAUCUAGUCAACCAAAAAGGCUACAGCAAGAAGACUUCUCGUAGGUCAUGUUCUCUAUACAAAACAAGACUAGAAAAAGAGUGUGGACAUAGUAUUAUAAGUGCUUAUUAAAGAAAAAAAAAAAUUGGGCUUUAACUAUCA